AUGGGUACAAACAUAGAGCAGCAAUACAAAAUAUUGAAUGCUGAACUGAUGGACCACGUACAGAAACUACGUGUGGAGUUGGGGGAGUACAAAAAGCUGGUCGUCGGUCUGCAAACGGAGCUGUUGGAGGUGCGAGAGUCUCACGUCCUGGAAAUGGACUUCAAAAAGAAGCAGCUGAAGUACGGCAUCAGCACCCUGCUCAAAAAUUUGGACCUGAAGGAGGACUUUCUUACCGGCGUUACCCACACCACGCCUUCUGUCCAUCGACGGUCGAACAUCAAGGAAAUUUGUUAUGAUAUGCGUCGUAUAAGUAGCCUUACCCGAUCUUCAGUGACUUGUUCACCCAGCCGUCGCCGCAGCAGUACCGUCCGUGCCGGUAGUGGUAGUAGCAGCGCUAUUAUAACAGAAGACGCCACAGAUGUGGAUACAACCACAGCCUCAGAGGAUACACACAGACUGAACAUCGAUAGCGCAGUUACGCCACCUCCAAGACGUAUUGCGGAAAUGGCCUGGGCCCUUGAAGACACUGACGAGGACUCUCCCACCAUUCCAGUGGUGGAGUCCUGUGAACCCGACGAGAUACUCGCGGCACUGUCUCCAUGUGAUCAAGCUGACAGCCUCUUCUCCAUUCUAGAGGAAACGGACAGCGAGGAUGCCGCGGAUACCUCGUCAGUGGAGGUUGGAGAUGCAGCAGAGGCCCCAAUCAGCGCUGCAUCCAGGCGGGACCGAGUCCUUCGCGGGCUUUGCGAAAACGUGCCCAAGGAGACUGGCAAACAAGAAAAGACCGUCUUGGCCAUUCCCUGCCAUGAUAAUGACAGCAGCUACGACGUGAGCAUACAGAAGCCGCGGCAGGCCCAUUCGCCCAGCUUGUCCAUUGAGACGCCGAGACAGAGCCAGUUCAAUGGAAUUGGUAGUUGGUCUGGCAGCACUAGCACACCUUUACCCUCCCCGGUCCCUGACAUACAUCAGAAGACGGUUAGUGUGGCCAGGGGCAGGGGCAGGCCCAGAGGCAGAGGAAGUGCCAAACCCACUAACAACACGCUUAGUCCGAGUGACCCGCUCAGUGGCGAUGCAGAUAUGUCCAGUGCCAGCUGCAGCACCAGUGGUCGCCCGAGUCGUAAGUGUCGUCCCACCUCCUAUAAAGAGCCAAAAAUAAAUGCAAAAAUGCGCAACGACUCCCUCCCUACCAAAAAGUCUUCGAAAUAGAUGUACAUAUAUU